UUUUUCGUCCUCCUUAAGCCCUUUUCCAGUUUUGUCUCUCUCUCCACUUCUGUAAGCUUCUUACAUCCUCACACGAUCUCUUUUUUUUUUUUUCCGACAGACCACAAAUUCAGACAUCGGAGACGCUAAUUUUGUUUCAUUUCAAUUCGAAUCCUUUCGAUCUCUCUCCAAUUGAUCAAUAAUGCACGGUGAAGUACAAUUACAGCAACCAGAUUCCCAGAAGCUCAGUGAUUCCGCUCCCUUAUUAGGAACCUCUCCAUCAUCGUCUUCUUCUUCCGAUCACGAGAUAAACGCUGAAGAAGAUUUGGAGAGUGGUGGCGAUUCCGCUUCAGCCCCUUGCUGUCGCAUCUGUCUAGAGAACGAUAGUGAUCUGUUAGAGGAUGAAUUGAUAUCGCCGUGUAUGUGCAAAGGCACUCAGCAAUUCGUGCAUCGCUCGUGUUUAGAUCAUUGGCGUUCGGUCAAGGAAGGGUUUGCCUUCUCUCACUGUACUACUUGCAAAGCUCAGUUUCACCUCCGUGUUGAGCCCUUUGAAGAUAACAACUCUUGGCGGAGGAAAGUUAAGUUUAGACUGUUUGUCGCUAGGGAUGUGCUUUUGGUCUUCUUAGCUGUGCAGACUGUUAUUGCUGUGAUGGCUGGACUUGCAUACAUGAUGGAUAAAGACGGAGAGUUUCGCAACUCUUUCAAUGAUGAUUGGGAUCGUAUAUUGUCUAAACAUCCCAUCCCCUUCUACUAUUGCAUCGGGGUUGUGACCUUCUUUGUGCUGACUGGGUUUCUUGGCCUCGUUCUACACUGCUCUUCUCUCAACGGUAAUGACCCGAGGAUGGCUGGGUGUCAGAACUGCUGCUACGGAUGGGGGAUCUUGGAUUGUUUCCCUGCGUCAAUGGAAGCUUGUUUCGCUCUUGUUGUUGUCUUUGUUGUUAUAUUUGCGAUUCUUGGUUUAGCGUAUGGGUUUCUUGCUGCGACUAUGGCUAUUCAGAGGAUAUGGCAGAGGCAUUACCAUAUCCUCACUAAGCGAGAGCUCACAAAGGAGUAUAUUGUGGAGGAUCUUCAUGGAUGUUACACUCCCCCGAAGCUUGAUGCUGAGCACGAAGGAAGACUCAAAAUGCUGAAACUUAUGUGACAGUUCUUUGAGGUGGAAAUAAAAGGUUAUAUAGAGUUUGUUCAUGAAUGUCUUUUUAUUACGUGGUUAUAAUAAGUAAUGAAGUACGUUGUAUUUCUCUAUAUAUAUGUAUGAGAUGAAGCAACACUACUGCUUUAGUAGUGAGAACUGAGAACUGAA